ACGUAAUUCGUUCCAUCGAGGAAGCGUCUUUUAUUUAUCGGACACAAUGGCUGCUGUCGAACUCCGUUAUUUUCUGCGCUGUCCAGUCGACAUUGGAGGGUCAUCGAUGUUUCAGUCGUCGCCUUGAAGCCGCCAUUACUUCCGGUGAGAGUAAAUAAGGCGGACUACGCUGAAAAUACUGUUUUCAAAGUCGCUAGAUGUUUGGCUUCUUGUUGUCCUCCAGCGCCGACUGGUUCCGCUGUCUUUUGCCAGGGUAACCUACUAGCUGCAACCAAACUACACUCUAAAAAUUGAGCGAUGCAACGCUUCUCGUUUUACGUCCUGUCCUGGUUGAUCUUGUUCAUUGUCUUACUGAAAUCAUGUCUGGCUCAGGGGACUUACCAGCCAUAGAGUGUUCAGGGAUGGGAAUGAAGCUUCCCAUCGGGAUGACGCGACGAGCCCUCAGCUACGAUGAUAACCUGGAGGCCCCCAUGUCCACGCCCCCCCAUGACAUCAGCAUCAACAACCUGUGGAGACGACCCAUCAUACCAGAAAGGAAGUUCUCACACCUGGCUGAGGAGGAUGAGAGUGUUUCAGUGAGUCAGUCCACAGGGCUGGGCUGCGCCCCCUCCAGGUCACCAAGUGUAGUGAAAGCCAAGGCCUCGUCCGUCAUCAUGAAUUCUCUCAUCACCAAGCAGACUCACGAUAGUAUGCACAAGUUUGAGCAGAGGGCGGGGCUUACUGACACCAGCUACACGCCCCACAAAGGCCUCACCGCUGAGGAGACGAGACACCACCACCGCAUUCCCGAAUCCCUCCAGAAACUGCAGAUCCAGAGCAUGGAGGCCAGAGAAGAGCGGCAGAACUCCUCUGCCCAGUCCACUCCAUCCAACACACCACACAGCUCCCCUAAGCAACAACGCAGGACCUGGUUCAGCAGCACAGGUUCAGAGCUCAGCAUUAGCUCCACCAACAGCAGUAUAGACAUGGGAGACAUGGCAGCAGGAGGCGUAGGAGGUGUGGUUGAAAGGUGGAGCGUGUUUGGACCGCGGCCGCUCGUCCAGAAGUCGACCUCUGACCUGGGAUCAGACCCUACGACUGCAGCAGGCUUUGCACUGCAGGCAUACCAUGGGGCCCAGAAGCCAACCCCCAUGGAGUUAAUGAAGUCACAGGCCACGCGGCUGGCUGACAGCUCUGCCGCUCAGACGGUGGCCCCUCCCAAAAUGGAGAUUCCCACAGUGGAGGGUCGACGGCAGGGAGCGCGACCACACAAGCUCAAACCCAGAGACAUGAACGUCCUGACGCCAUCGGGCUUCUAAGGGGACACAACAUCUGUCAAAGCUGCGCAUCACUCACACGCUAAAGGUCCCAUGAAAUGAAAACCUCUGUGUGUUGUUAUCAUGUGUUUCUGCACAUACUGUUACACAAUCUAUAGUUACUUUCAAAAUGUGUCAGAAGUCCAUUUCAUUCAUUUUUAAGUCAAUCAUUUGAUCUUCAGUUGCUUUCAAAUGUUAGCGUUUCUUAGCUGCUUAGCUUCUUGCACCUAGGAUGACAUUUCCAUCCAUUAAUGUGAUCAUAGAUUUUGGGGUAAGCCAGCUGACUCCUCCAAAUAUGAAUCCUGCAGGUCUGCCUUUGCCUUUAAAGGGUACAUUUGUUUUAUUACAUCUUGGGUUUCAUUUUUGUAGUUUUGCACAUCAUUCCUGUUAGUAAUAAUAACAACACUGUACUCAACAAGUUAAUCACUGACAUCCGUGAUAGCGGCAACAUUGCUAAAAAAGAAGUCAGAUGGGACAAGUUAGACAAACUUAUUUGGAAGAGAAAACGAAGGCGAAUUGUAAAAUUAUUACUCAAACUGCCUGUUGUAAACUUCCUGCAUUAACUUUGACCUACCGUAAUAACUGUAGUUGUGCGCUGACGGUUUUCCUGUCAAAUAAGGGAUUAUUACCAACAUUUCAGGUGCGUUAACUUUCAGUUUUUACUGCAAAUAAAGUGGAUUAGCUAAUCUUGCUAAACUGUUGGCUUGUUUACAGCCUGAAUGAUCGUCUGACCGUUUGUUCUUGCCCAACCGGACUUUUAUUGUAUUGAUGUCAGCGUGUUCCCAGUACUCAAAUUACUUUGAUGGCCAAAACCACAAAAAUAAGACCCAAAUUGGAUAAACUGGAAUUAUACUUGAAGAUAACUGUCGCUAGCGGUAUUUGCAUAGGUUUGAAUUUUCCUCCUCAGUAACAGUCAGUUUUGGAGGAGAGCAGCUAUUAUUAGCAUCCGUCUUUUUCAUGUGAAAAACGUGUUACAUGCAACCUCAAGGUCAUUUCAUGGGACCUUUUAACCUUUAAGCAACUCCAACAUUCAGAUAACCACUGUACUUUUCACCAUUGAAACACUUCUCGAUUUAAAAAAAAAAAACAAAAAUCCAUUUGCACUGCUUUGAGGCAUUUACUGUGUUGCUUGGCUGUAAAACCGUACUGUAGAAUCCCUCACCCUUUCUACUGUUACAUCCUGCUGCAGCAUGCUGACAUGAGCUCAAGUCAACAAAUUCAGCAUGAAUCAAGCCCUGAGUCCAGAUAACCUGGAGAGGGCCACUGACUGAUCUUGAGAACUUUGUCCAGCUGAGGGUGAAGAUGAUGGCGAUCCUGGUUGAAAAUGGUCCCCUGUAAAAGCACUUUAUCCCCACUCUUCUCACCAGAGAGACUAGCUCUUUUAUCCGCCCUCCAGGAUGCAAAUUAAUAAGAAAACUUCAUCUGUUUCCGUGUUGAUAGUCUUUACAUUCUGUCUGUCUCUAACAAUCUUUCAUUUGUCUUCUUAAAGGGGCAUUUCACUAAGCAGGGUGGGAAGAAUAAGUCUAACCAAUUCCUUAAGUGUAGUUUAAUAGGAAUCAAACCAACAGAACAAAAAAAGAUCCGAUAAAAAUUGUAAAAAUGUUACCUCAGGAAAUUUUGGAAAUUUGGCUGGCUCCUGCUCACUGAAACGUUCCACUUAUUUGUUUUGUGUUAAAGUUUUUUUUUAUAUAUAUUUUUAAUGUAUAGAUUAAGAUUUUUUUUUUAUCUACUAGAAGAAGUGUGUGUGUGUGUGUGUGUGUGUGUGUGUGUGUGUGUAAAAAUCAGAGCUACUGGAGUUUUUCAAAGGUUUUCAGAUUACUGGAUUUCCCACAGAAACCUUGUGUCACUCAGAAAAAGCGAAAGAGCUUUACACAGACACACAUUUUUGCUUUUGGCAUUUAAAGAUGAAUGCAGUCGUCACGGUGCAAAGAAAUGUUGUGCUCCCCUGAGAAAACAUUUCGCCUUACAGUAAGAGAAAACUGACUGAAAUACAUUGUUUUAUUUUAGAAAGUUUUCAGCUGUUUGUCUCGCUAUAUAGGUGUCCAACAUUUCUACAGUGCUAGCAUAAUGCUAAUGAAUGGCUUUUUUUUUACAAGGUUUCUGCAAGAUGUGUGUGUGUGUGUGUGUGUGUGGCUUCGUAGAGCUUAAUGAGCACUAUGACUCAUCUGUUAAAUUAAAUAUAGCACCUGGCUGAAUGUUGUUGUUAUUGUUAUUAUUAUUAUUAUUAUUGUACUUUUAUUGUUAAGUGGAAACCCUCUGUUUGCUGUUAAUAGAUUCCAUGCGUGAUGUGGAUGAGUCAAAGAGUUUUUUUUCCUGUUUUUUAUGGGGUAAAAAUUUCAAAUCCAAGUAAUUUGCCACCUGUAACUCAGUCAGUCUCCUUGUCAGGAUCCUAAAGCUUGACACAGAAAGAAAAACACACUCUGCUGUCAGCAGCUGUAAAUAUUAAAUGAAUAUGACUGUUUCUGCUCCGUUAACGUUUGUUUCAUAGUUUGUGUUCACAAGUGCUCUGUGUUUAAAGUGUGACACUGUUACCUUUAAAUCUGUCCCUGACUGAAGUAUCACAUCUGAAUCUCCUCUGUAUGGUAGUGUGACUUUAUAGUACCAACUGACUGAAUUAUAGUAUGUUUCUGUUUAUCUGUUCAACACUUUUUCCAGUUGAUGGUUAACAGAUAUUUUCUUUAAUUUAUAGUCUGUACAGUUUAUUUUUCUUUGCCAAAACAGUUUGGAAUUUGAGAAUAAAUGUUACUCAUCAGAAAAACAA